UGGCACACGGAAGCGUUCUCACUUCGUGGAUACCGGAUUCCCUUUGGAACACGGCCGACCCUAGGGUACGGCCGUACCCCCUUAUGAGCAACCCCAUAGGCAUCUUGAGCCUAAUCGCUUUUUACUUGCUCUUCUCGCUGAAGCUCGGGCCCGCGUUCAUGAGAAACAGGCGACCCUUCAACAUAACCUUCCUCGUGGUCGUCUACAAUGCGGCUAUGGUGGCGUUCAGCAUCUACUUCAUCUUCCUGACCGUGAAGUGGGCCUACGUGAAGAGUGGCUACAACAUCGUCUGUCAGGAAAAUGACUCGCAGACCAAUCCAGCAGCCUCUAUUAUCAUCUACCACGGAUGGUGGUACUUGAUGCUCAAAGUCAGCGAACUCCUCGACACUGUCUUCUUCGUGUUCAAGAAGAAAUUCACGCACGUUUCGUUCCUCCAUCUCCUGCAUCAUUCUCUCGCGUUGUGGACAGUGUGGUUGGACCUCCACUUGGCCAUUACGGGGCAGGUCGCCCUCUUCCCGCUGCUGAACGCCAGUGUACACGUAGUAAUGUAUACUUACUACGGCCUUGCGGCUCUGCGACUACAGAAGUACCUCUGGUGGAAGAAGUACGUGACACAAUUUCAGAUUGCGCAGUUCGCUACGCUCACGGUGCAUUCGGCGAUCCCGCUCUUUGUCAACUGUGGAUUUCCCAGGUCCUUUGCGCUGCUCAUGGUUCUGGAAGCGACCUUGUUUAUGGGACUCUUCUCAGACUUUUACUACAGGACUUACGUUCAAUCGAAUGUUGGAAGGAAAGUGGAGUGAAGAGUGUAAGUGUGGUUUAUAGCAGUUUCUUUUAAAGAGUGAAUCUUUACUUUAAUGUUUCCUG